AAAAGCCGCCGCAGUGGAUUCGGCUUUCAUCAAUUGAUACUAUUUGAAGAGUAUAGUCUCACACAUCUGUACUAUUUUGUACCAUCACUCUGGACUCUGGAGAUCAAAGUUGAUGAUCACCUUCUCUGCACUGAGACAACUCACUAAAUUCACCCCUACUAUCUCCCGUAAUUACACUUCUGCCACUCUUCAACUUCUCCAGCUCUCAAUCACCAACCAAUCUCUAACUCAAACCCUACAAUCCCAUGCUCGUGUCUGUUACCUAGGCCUAACUCAGCACUCUGUCAUUGUAACAAAACUCAUCUCUGCAUACUCACUUUGUAAGAACCCACUUGCUGCUCGACUCGUUUUUGACUCGGUACGAGUCAAGAACGUGUUUAUAUGGAACACAUUGAUCAAUGGGUAUGCUAAGAAUGGUUUGUGUAGCGAAAGUUUUGAGCUUUUUAGAGAAAUGUGUAGAAAUGGGGAUGACCCAGAUAAUUUUACGAUUUCGACAAUGGCGAAAGUGUGUGGGGAUGUUGAGGAUGGUUUGUUGGGGGAUUUGGUUCAUGGGGUGUGUGUGAAAAAUGGGUUUGGUGUGGAUAUUGUGGUGGGGAAUGCAUUUAUUUUUAUGUAUUGUAAAUGUGGGAGGUUUAGGGAUGCAUUCGAGGUGUUUGAUGAAAUGCCGGAAAGAAAUGUUUCGUCAUGGAAUGUUAUGAUUGGGGGGGUUUCUGGUUUGGGGGGUGAUGGGGUUAGUGAAGUUGUGUGGGAAUUUGUUAGAUGUAUGGUCGUUGAGGGGUUUGGAUUUGAUGGUUUUACGAUAUCAAGUUUGCUUCCUUUUUGUGGGAGGAGUAAUGGGAAAUGUGAUUUUGGGAGAGAGCUGCAUUCUUAUAUAGUGAAGAAUGAUGGAGGGUUCUUUGUGGAGUCUGAUUUUUAUUUAGGGUGUUGUUUGAUAGAUAUGUAUGGGAAGAGUAAAAGAGUAAAUGUGGGUCGAAAUGUUUUCAAUUGUAUGAGGGAUAGGAAUAUUUUUGCCUGGACUGCGAUGAUUAGUGGGUAUGUGCAGAAUGGGGAUUUUGAUGAAGCUAUGUUUUUAUUUGGUGAAAUGCAGAGUAAAGGUAGAAUUGAACCGAAUAAAGUUUCUCUCAUUAGUAUUAUUCCUGCUUGUAGCUCACUUGGUGGACUUUUGGGUGGCAAACAAGUUCAUGGAUUUGCUGUAAGAAAGGAAUUAAAUCAUGAGGUUUCUUUAUGUAAUGCUCUGAUUGAUAUGUAUUCAAAAUGCGGAAGCUUGAACUAUGCAAGAAAAGUAUUUGAUUUUCACUGUAUUAGUAAGGAUGCAAUUUCAUGGAGUUCAAUGAUUAGUGGGUAUGGACUACAUGGGAAGGGUAGUGACGCUGUACUAUUGUAUAAUAAGAUGCUUCAAAGUGGAAUCAAGCCAGACUUUAUUACGGUUGUUGGAGUUCUGUCUGCUUGUGGCAGGUCAGAAAUGGUUGAAGAAGGCCUGGAUAUCUAUAAGCAUAUUAAUGAGUAUGGAUUGGAACCAACAUUGGAGAUUUGUGCAUGCAUAGUUGAUAUGCUUGGUCGAUCGGGUCAACUAGACAAGGCACUGGAUUUUAUCAAGACCAUGCCUUUAGAACCUGGUCCUAGUAUUUGGGGAUCACUUGUUAAUGCAUCUGUACUUCAUGGAAACUCUGACAUGCUAGAUUUGGCUUAUAAGUUUCUUAUCCAAGUAGAACCCGCAAACCCCUCAAACUACGUCUCACUUUCGAACUUGUAUGCCUCUUCUAGGAAUUGGGAUGCUGUGGCUGAAGUUAGAGCGAAGAUGAAAGAAAGAGGACUGAAGAAGUUGCCAGGGUGCAGUUGGAUCAGUGUGAACAAUGAAACACACAGUUUUUAUGUUGCUGACAAAGCUCAUCAUUGUUCUGACCUGAUUUAUCAGAUGCUCCAAGAACUCAUUCCAGUAAUGAUGGGAGCUAGCAACUCUACGAUAUUAGAGGAUUUGGCAUUAUCCUAUUUAGAACAAGCUUGAAUUUUUUUCCUAAUCUUACUUGAUAAAAACUACAGAUCUGAUGGCAAAUGUGUGGCUUAUUCGUUGACUUGUCAAUACGUCAACAGUCUGUCUAAAUGGCCAAAAUCUGCGUAUUUCUCAUCUAUUUGAUGUACUGGUGGAAGGAUCGUGUAGUUGGAGUUCUCUAAAACUACAGAAAGUUAUAUUUUGAACCUUACACAAGAGUGUUAUACCUUACUGUGCAUCUGAUUCUAAGGAUACUAGUUUGAGCCAAACUGAUGCAGUGUCCUGUUUACUAUCCCGUCAUUGUUUGAUAUCUGGGUAUAUGUUGCUUUGAUCAACAAUUAAACCGCCUGACAAGUAGUGGAACCAACCAUAUAUUUUCGCCUCAAAAGGAUAUAGCUUUGCUGUCUGUUAAUUUUGCGAAUCACAUUAUUACAUCAUCUUUAUUACAAGUUUCAAAUCACAGAGUAAUUAUCUUUCUUUCGCGAAAUGUGAAACUAAAAAGGAGAUGGUACUAUGUUAUUGACAGUCUUGGCACAUCUAUUAUAAACACUCAUAGUGUUGGACAUAACAGUGGCUGUUUGUUCCUCGUUAAACAACGGUGGCUGUUCAAGAGCUAAUCUCGUCAUUGCCUUGUGACAGAACAAUCCCAUUUUCACUAAUUCUCCACAACAAUUACCCGAAACAUUUUCAAUCUCAAGCAGUGCAUUCCUUAUCUCUUUACCACAAUUCGACGUCAAAUGUGCACCGCAUUUUGCCACAAAUUUUCUGAGCUCUGCAGACGGGUCAGCAUUUGGAGAACGACUAGGAGAGGAUGACAGAGUGACCUCGUUCUGGUGCGAGGGAGCAAAGAGGAGGAAUGUAAUUGCGAAGAAAAUAACCAUGGUGGACAAGAAUGUAGAAUUUGUUGCCAUGGUGAUUGAUCGAAAAAAUUACCAAGAAGUGUUGUGUGCUGGUUAGUUCUCUAUGAUCCAAGUGCGUGUGGAGAAGGAGCAAUUUAUAAGGUGGCAAGGGAGGCCUAAUUAAUGUUUUCGUUUCUCUUCAUUUAGUACAUUGAUAAAUGUAGUAAAUGUAACAUAAUGUUUCAAUCAAUUCAUGUGUUGCGAGUAAUUUUUUUGAG